AUGACUUCGUCCAGCCUUGACGGGCUGGAGGAGGGCCAGCCACCCCCUGCCCCCAGCAUCUGGGCUCAAAGAGGAAGGGGCCCUGAGCACUGUCUCAACGUCCCCAACCACACUGCUCAGGUCUCUGCUUCAGGACACUUCUUUCCCGGCAACCACACCUGCUCCCCAAAGCUGGAGAUGAUCAAGGAGGAAUUCCAGGUGGCAGACGUGGGGGCUCCCCAGAACUCAAAGCCCAUGAUGUCCACCGUGGUCAACAUCCAGGCUGAGACUGCAGUGCCCGACCACAUCGUCUGGUCCCUGUUCAACACGAUCUUCUUCAACCCCUGCUGCCUGGGCAUCGUGGCCUUCGCCUACUCCGUGAAGUCUAGGGACCGGAAGAUGGUGGGAGACAUGACUGGGGCCCAGGCCUAUGGGUCCACCGCCAGAAGUCUGAACAUCGGGGCCCUGGUCUUGGCCGUCUUUGUGACCAUCAUACUCAUUGUUCUGAUGUUUGUGGGCCCAGUAACCUAUAUAAGGCGGUGAAUGUCAAGCAGAGUGGCAGAGGCUACUAGUCAAUGCCCCCGGCAGGUGACCACGUCCUCCCCACCCACUGCUGCCCCGCCCCAGGCACCCACCCAUUUAUUCAGCUCUUUGUACAGACACACCUGUCUGCAACUGAAGUCAAUAAAGUGCUCCCGUGUGUGACAACGGAGACAUUUCCUGGGCAGGGGCACUGCCCAGCCCCAGCCUGUCCCUGAGACAGCCCGCCUCCUUCCUUGCCCACCUGCUUGCUGCUCUGAGUGGGG